CAAGGACAGCCGCAGCCCCAAGCGUGCGUCAGUGUAAUAAUCACUUCACAGUAAAGCCCCGCACGGAGCCCACGGAGGACCGAGAGAGCGAUUCACAGAGCAUAAAGGAACCCGCAUACACCGCAAAAUAUGCUCUGAUUCGUUUCUAAAAGAAAAUGGGGGAAAUAGACAAAGAAAGAUCAAAAUGUUUGAAGAAAGGCUGCUGACAACUGCGGAGAUAAUCCAACAGCGGUUGAGGUCCUGACCAUGCACAUUCCUCCACAUUUCACAUAAAUCAGCUGUCCAGAUUUUCCACACUGUCCGGUGGUUACAGUCUUUUUAACCAGGUGAACCGUGCAGUCCAGAAGCCGGGCAAGCCGAGCCGCCAACACGAGGGAGAGACGCAACCGGGGUCCUCUGUGCGGUUUGGUCGUUCACACGAUGCGUCUGUUUCUGCUGGCGGUGUUCCUCUCGUGCUCCUGUGCGCGGGGCGGCUGCGAGCCGAAGAUAGUGAACAUUGGAGCGGUCCUGAGCCAGAAGAGGUACGAGCAAGUGUUUAAGGAUGCCGUGACCCAGGCGAAUCAGAUCUACGGGAGAGAUAAAUUCAAGUUGACCGCCAUCUCUGUAACGCACAAACCCAACGCUAUCCAGAUGGCUCUCUCCGUCUGCGAGGACCUCAUCUCUAACCAGGUAUCUCGGGAGGGAUCCGGUGUCCCUGCAUGUCCCGGCAUGGGUGUUAAAUAAUAAUAGCCUAAUUAGAUUAGUCAUUUAGCCAGAACAUUUAGGCAUCUAUUCAUUGGUGCAAAAUGUCCAUCAUAUCAAUCAGAACCAUCUAGAAGGCUAAAAUGAUUGUGAAGCCUACCAUAUUUAAGUUGUCUAAAUUAGUAUUAGGCCUAUGGCCACUAUUGGGAGGGAAAUUAAUCGACCUAUUUAGUGUGAUGCAGCAUCAUCCCGUGUCUGUUUCAAGGGAGCUGGUUGACGUGAGUAAAAGGGCAGAUGAGGUCGAUAUAUUGUGAUCAGUGACCACCACUUCAUUUGCAAUAACAGACAAUACCAUCUCAGUCUAGACUAUAACCUCAGUGCCUGCCUGUGAAACACUGUGCCAGUGCCACCUGCUUCUAUUGCACAUUUCAAGCAGAUUGAGCUGACUGCAUUUUAUAUAUUUUCCUAAAACGGAACUGUUUCUUUGCACAAAAAAACGGUUUAUUUGUUGCACAUAAUCAAUACAGAAAUGUCAUUAUUCUCACAGUCAAUAUCUCUUAGAGCCUAGCCCUAUAGGCUAUGAUAAAAAUACUAUGAAACUGCGGCCUUUUCAGUGAUCCAUCACCUCUGGUAAUACGAUCGAGCUUCUGAAAGAAAAUGGAAGCUGAAAUGAAAUUAUGAGUCAGAUAUGCAUAUGACGUAUAUAAUGACAAUAUAAUGAGUAACUACCAAACCUGAACUUGUGGCCAAACAUGAAAAGUAAAUGGGCUGAAAAUAGGCUGUUAGCCCGUGGCCAAAUCUCUAUCCCCAUAUCUGUAGCUUAUUAGUCAGACAAAGCUAUGUAUUCAAGGGUUAAUAUAGCAUAAGGGCUCUAUUCAAUCAGAUCUGCUUUAACCGACAUCAGUAUGGCAGUUGUUUUGGCGGUGUUAAGAGGUGGAACUGCAUUGUCAAAUCCACAAGCAGCUCCUGGCAUUAUACUUAAAGCAGACAUUGCCAUUGGCUGCACAGAGUCGCAUUAACAGAAAUACCAUGCAGUCUUGUUUACAAGUUCGAACACUGAUUAGGAUCAUAGAAAUUCUCAUAAUUUUGUUGAAUGAUUUAAAUUUGACUGUAAUUAUUUCUAUAUAGCCUACACUUUCUCAUUCUGAACUUCUAACACGAGUGGGGUGGGUGUGGCUUCGUGACAAUGAUUGCAAGAGCAGCUGCUCACCGAUGGUUAAUAACGCUUGAUCUGAUUGAAUCUAGGUCUAAAUCUCAUUCAAAAGUUAUUAUUUUAUGAUAUCAGUUAGAAAUGGAAAAUCUGUUUAGCCUUUAAAAGCCGUUGACUGAUUAUUUUUAAGGGCCAAAAACACAGAUUUGUGGGGGAUGAGAGGCCAACUGCACUUACAUUUUUGUCAUUUAGCAGACGCUCUUAUCCAGAGCGACUUCAGUUAGUGAGUGAGUGCAUACAUUAUUUUUUAAUUUUUCAUACUGGCCCCCCAUGGGAAUCGAACCCACAACCCUGGCGUUGCAAACGCCAUGCUCUACCAACUGAGUUACAUCCCUGCCGGCCAUUCCAUCCCCUACCCUGGACGAAUUGUGCGCCGCCCCAUGGGUCUCCCGGUCACCAGGAUCUCUAGUGGCACAGCGAUGCAGUGCCUUAGACCACUGCGCCACUCAGGAGGCACUUCAGUGUACACAGCUGCAAAUCCACUGAAAUUAACUAACUAACUAAUAAUUAAAUCAGUGACUCAUCCUUAAAGGGAUAUCCAGAGUCAGAUGGACUCGUGGAUACCAUUUUUAUGUCUCUGUGUGCAGUAUGAAGGAAAGUAGCGGUACUUUCACGAGCCAAUGCUAACUAGCGUUAGCGCAAUGCGUUAAUAUUGGCUCGUUAAACUACAGCUAAUUAUAUAUUUAAAAAAAUUAUGGUAUCCACGAGUUCAUCUGACUCUGGGUAAGUAGACCAAGGGAUUAAAUGCCAGAAUCCCUUUAACAAUGAAUCAUUGGUGCCAUGUGAGUAAAUGUUGCCUAAAAGAAGGCCAACAUUGCCGCGUGCGCAACGGGCCACUGCAUCAAAGCAUCUUGGGGGUAGUAGUUGGGGUGCAUGCCUUGCUCGUCUGACGUUAUGUCACCGGCCUUAUUAGGGGAGAAGGGCGUUUAGUUUGUAUUAUGGAAAAUUAUGAUUUGAUCAUUAGAAAUUGGUAGUUAUAACUGUUUGGUUCAUGUUAUUGCUAGAUCAAUAACUUAUGCAGACUGAUGUUGUUGUUUUUUGACACGAGUGUAUGGUAUGCAAUUGUUUUUGCCUCUAGACUGGAAAAAAUAACUGGCUUUUUCACUUGAAAUGCGAUUUUUCUUUAGGUCAUAAAAGCAUUUGCUCAGGACAUGUGAAUACAAUUUAAACCUAACAAUAAAAACAACGUUCAUAAGUUAUGUAUUGCGAUGUUAUCCCUUUGAGAGUUGUUCCAAAAAUGAAACACAUUACUAAAAGCCUGGUCCAUUGCAUUCACAUUAAGCAUUACGUUGCUUUUGAAAGCAGCAAUAUCAUGUAGUGAAGAGAGCUGAGGUGUGAACCCUCCCCCAUCCCUCUUUCAAAUUCUCACCCUCUCUUUCACACACACACACACGCACACACACGCACACGCACACGCACACACACAGACACACAUAGACACAGACACAGACAAUGUCCCUGGUCCUCUUCAUUGUAAUGAUUGUAAUUGAUAGAAAUGGUUACGUUACAAACAUAUCUCCCUGCGUUCGACGAUAUCUGAGUUCCAUCCAUCAUCACAGAGGGCUGCAGGGAUGAGAAAGGUGCCAAUGUUCUACAUGUCAAAUGCAGUUAACACUGUCUGCUAACUGCAUAGAUGGAGAUCUAACCAUUUGAGAGACUCAAUGAGAGGGUCCAUGACAGAUGGGAUGGUAGAUGCCUGGAAGCGCUCUUUGGAUGGAAGACCUCAUUUGAGGCCCAACCAUAUGGGCUGCACGCACUAAACCAUCAUGCCUGCAUGUUUUUUUUCUUCCACCUCAGUUGGAUCAGUGUCCCAUUUCUCAAGAAUCCGAUUUAUCUAAAAAUUGAUAUACAGUUGCGCUGUAAAAAGCUGUUAGUAGAGCUGCAGUGAGGAGCAUCUGUCUCCUUCAAGUGUCAUCCAGCUUUGAGACAAAUGAACAUCUAUCUACCAAGCAGCCAUAUUGCCAAAUGAGGAUUGUUUAAGAGGAAAAAGCUGAUAUGACAUUUCCAUGUCGCAGUGAUGAAUCAAUAGUCCAAACACUUUUUUAUCCUUUCACUUCUCUGUACAGGAAGUGUGGUUAUCUUUCAUUCCCGUACUCCUGUCUGCAGGUGUAUGCCAUCCUGGUGAGUCAUCCUCCCCAGUCCAAUGACCACCUCACCCCCACGCCUGUGUCCUACACCGCAGGCUUCUACCGCAUCCCUGUGGUGGGCCUCACCACACGCAUGUCCAUCUACUCCGACAAGGUGAGAAAUUAAAGAGAGAGAGAGGGAGAGAGAGUGUGAGAGAGAAAUAGAGAGAAGAGAGAGGGGGAGGGAGGGAGGGAGGGAGGGAGGGAGGGAGGGAGGGAGAAGAGAAAGAGAGAGAGGGAGGAGAAGAGAGAGAGGGAGAAGAGAGAGAGAAAGAGUGAGAAUGCGAGAGAGAAGGGGUAGGGUGAGUGGUGGAGAGGUCCCUGGGAAUGGAAACAGACAAGAGAGACAAAUUCUACUCCACUACUUGGCUAGCUACCAAAAUAGCUCACGUAAGGCCUCAUGAAUAUGUUAGAAAUGUCACCAAAACCGUGUAUGACUAGCAAGUAACUUCCUCUCACUCAUUCUUCUUAAUUUUCUUUCUCCUCAGAGUAUCCACUUGUCCUUUCUGCGGACUGUCCCCCCGUACUCCCACCAAGCUCACGUGUGGUUCGACAUGAUGCGAGAGUUUCGAUGGAAUCACAUUAUUCUGAUUGUCAGCGAUGACCACGAGGGGCGGGCCGCGCAGAAGAGACUGGAGACCCUACUGGAGGAGAGGGAAACAAAGGUGAGAUGCUCGGGCUCGCAGGACCCCUAGUGUGUGUGACCGUGUGUAUGUGUGUAAUCUCUGUUUAACUCUCAAAGGUCUUCUAUGUACUGUAUGUAACUGUUUUCCUUUCUUUUGUGUGAACACAUCUCUCACUGACCAUUGUGUAAACAUUGGCUAACAUCAAUAUGCUAGAGACAUCUACAGCGUCUAAUGUGGUCUAAUCUGAGUACAUCUUUUACUCAUCUCAUGUUGCUUUUCACCAUAGUCAAAUUCUCCUGUGUCAAUCCACAACAGGAGCCAAAUAGCGCACUUUAACCUGGGGCUUUGCAAAACAUCAAUUACUACCAAACAUAAUGAUGGUUCACAGAUCCUUCAUAUAUGUUUGUGUUGCAAUAUUACGUUUGGAUGGAAUGGAGAUGAGCUAUCCAGUGUUAUGCUCACUUGGAGUCUUGUAAAGGGAUGGAUGGUUGACAUAUCAGUAUAUUAAACCAGCAACUAUUCAUUUACCGGCCCAACGCUCUUAAUUGCUAGGCUACCUGCCGCCCAGAUCCUUGUCGUUGUCAGAUAAAGGACUGUGAGACCAUGCAAGUGAAAUGACCCAUAUAUGUGAUGUAACCAUGAGCAUACUUUUAGCGCAGCGUCACCUCUGGCUCUGAGGCUGUGUUGCUUGGAAUGUAGCUCAUUAAUAAAUGUGCUGAUCCACCUAAAGCCUAAAACAGACCAGUGAUGAUGUCCUCUAAAGGAUCAUGUUCCCUAAAGGAAAAGCGAAGGAACAAUUAACUCAUCUUUGAACAUACGUUUAGUAUAGUUCACCUCAGGAUGUGGUUAAGGCUUUUUGCAAUGCUUGUUCCCUUCAGGGAGUCCUUCCUGUAAUUGUAUGACGGAGUGAAAGGAGUCCUGAUUUGAAGAGUAAUUUAAUCAGAGGCUGGUGAAAUGGCUCAUUUGACACAAGCUCACAAUAAUUCACACCGAAGGGAGAGGGGACAUUUUAAACACGUUGUGGUUAAUCAGUUACACUCACACAUGAUCAAGAUUGAUUAGGAGUUACUAAGUAUAAUUUAUGUCGAUAAAUCAUCUUGUUAUUAAGGAUUGUGACUUAAUUGACUUUACCUGUGGAGUGGUAUUGUCUAUGGUAAAGACCUACAUUAGAUUAAAGAAAAGUUGGUUAACUGAUAGCUACUUGUUUCUUCCUUCCUGGAAUCCAUCUUGUCUGCUCACUCUCUCUCUCUCUCUCUCUCUCUCUCUCUCUCUCUCUCUCUCUCUCUCUCUCUCAUACUGCCAUAAGCAGAGAUUGGAUAGAUUUAUAGUUACCAGAUUGAAAGAAUCUAUCAAUGUCACAGAAACCUUGAUAUGGUAGACACUAUGAUAUGAUGCUGUAAGGAAGUAUCUAUGUUCUCACAGUUAAAAGCUUGGACUGUGAUUUUAUCAGUGGUUGUAAGAAAUGACUCAGCCAGCCAGGUUGGCAGAAUCAAAUCAAAUCAAAUUGUAUUUGCCACAUGCCGAAUACAACAGGUGUAGACCUUACAGUGAAAUGCUUACUUACAAGCCCUUAACCAACAAUGCAGUUUUAAGAAAAAUAAGUGUUAAGUAAAAAAUUGAUAAGUAAAAAAUAAAAAAUAAAAAUAACUAAAGAGCAGCAAUAAAAUAAAAUGCAAUGCAAAUAAUCUGGGUAGCCAUGAUUAGCUGUUCAGGAGUCUUACGGCUUGGGGAUAGAAGCUGUUAAGAAGCCUUUUGGACCUAGACUUGGCGCUCCGGUACCGCUUGCCGUGCAGGUAGCAGAGAGAACAGUCUAUGACUAGGGUGGCUGGAGUCUGGAGAAUUUUUAGGGCCUUCCUCUGACACCGCCUGGUAUAGAGGUCCUGGAUGGCAGGAAGCUUGGCCCCAGUGAUGUACUGGGCUGUACGCACUACCCUCUGUAGUGCCUUGCGGUCGGAGGCCGAGCAGUUGCCAUACCAGGCAGUGAUGCAAGCAAUCAGGAUGCUCUCGAUGGUGCAGCUGUAGAAUGUUUGUAACAUUUGGGGAGUUUGUGUCAUUUCCUCCUUAAUGAGAAAUAUUCUAGUUAUUCACAUUUCAUAUUCUGUAUCGUGCAGAUUAUUCACACUGUAAUUGCAGGUUUAUAUGCUGUGCUGCUGUGACAAGCCACAGCGACUAUUUGAUGGGGUUCUGUAGCACAGCCGGUAGAGAGACUCUUCUAGCUGUAAUGGAUUCAGUCAGAAUACUAACAUUAGUGACACAACAUACAAUAUUCAUGCUUGAAUAAAGUAGCAAAAAUAGGGCAGUCAGAGAGGAACUCCUUGGGGAAAACAAAGCCAGUCAUCUAGACAGUAAAAAAAAAAAAAGCCAUCAUUGUGCCACACAGAGAUAGCUGCAAGAUGGUGGAGGGCUAGAUAAAAAUCCAUUUUGGUUUUUACAUUUAAGUCAUUUAGCAGACACGUUAAUCCAGAGCGAUUUACAGGAUCAGUUAGGCUUAAGUGCCUUGCUCAAGGGCACAUACAGAUUUUUCACCUAGUCGGCUCAGGGAUUCAAACCAGCAACCUUUGGGUUACUGGCCCAACGCUCUUGACCGCUAGGCUACCUACAUGAUUAGUUGAUUUAUAUUCUAAAUAAGGACCGUAGUCCCAGUUUGAUUAAUGCUUGUUUUGCAAUGUCAUGAUUCAUGAGUGUGCACUGACCUUGACACACUACAACACAUUAGCAUGCAAUGUUUGGAAAGGGGAGCAGUGUUUUACAGAGCAGCGCUGACCACAACUACGUCAGAUUACAUUUGAGGCAGAACGGAUAUUUAACCCUUUCAAUGGAGCGUGAAAACAAUGGAGGAGAAUGGGAUUUACUUCAGAUUUGCUUGUCAGGCAGUAUAAUGAACCAAUGCGGUGAGUCACUGUAGCAUUUGGGUAGCGGAGGACGCAGAUCCCGAGCGAUCUGCCUCCCAAUGGUCUGAGCUGAGAGGUCAGGCAUCAGGGGAGGCAGGUCUGUCAAGCAGAAGAUCCUGUGUUUCACUGCGAAAUGGCUCCCUGACUAAGGCAAAGAGACUGCCUUGCGGCUCCUUUCACAAUAUACAGGAGCAGAGUGGAAUUCAAAAUGGAGAGAACCUGAGGGGCAUUAGUUUGCAGAAUCAGACUUUUUACGUGUUGGGAUUGCUUUGCACUGGAACAUAGCCCUCUCAAUCUAAUUGUUGUAUGACUGUUUCUGGACCAAUGCUGGAUGAUGGUUUGAGGGUCUUGAGUUGUAUUUGAAAGGUGGUGAAUAAGGGCAUAUGACAUAGCCGUAAAUAGGAUUGCUAGUGGUCAGUGGCCGUCUUUGAUGUUCUUUGCAAGCCCCAGUGUUAGGGAUCCCAAUUUGAAGCAGAAAAGUUGGAGAUUUGUUGGAAUGCUUUACUGCGAUCCAUUUUCAACUGUUUAUAAUAUUCUUCUGUGUCUGCAUAUUUUCUCUGUGCACAUUACUCAUCAGAAUAAAAAAAGGAACUAUGAAAACCUCGACCAACUGUCCUAUGACAACAAGCGAGGACCUAAGGUAUAUUUGCAUGGUCAAUGCACGCCGCCCACCAACUUUCCAAACGUAGCAACUAGAAACCAGCCCAACCAGUCACCAGCCGACCCAGAAAUGCCCCUAUCUUGGUAGCACGUGUUUCUUUUUACUUUGAGACAUUAUUCCUAUGAUUUCACCGAAGAAUGGUUUUGUUAUGGAAAGACUAUAAUUUUCCGUAAAAAAAAUAAACAAAUGAACAGCGCUCCGCUUCAAUCAUAUUAAUUUUUUUCUUUCAACUAAAGGAAUGCAUGUUCUCAAAAAAAAAAAAAAGAUUGCAAGUUUAUUCCUUUGUGGAGAUCCGGUAGUGUGGGACAAAACACUUUCCCAGAUUACUACUCCCUCCUGUUUUGUAGCACCUCUAGUUUCCAACAGUUUUUUGUUGGGGGGAAGGUUCCCCCUCACUCCCCUUCACCUGUUUUUAGUUACUGGUUGCAUUGACCUUCUUCUCCCCCCUACCUAACAUGCACGUCUUUCUUUGGAGCCUUGAUAACCCUCAGUUUGCAUGCGAAAAAUGCAAACUUUUUUUCCCCUCCAAGCUUUUUUUUUAGUUGAGCCGACUUCCCUGGAUCGCUUUCCUUUUUUUCUUCUCUCCCUUUUUCAACAAAAAUCAACAAAACCGAGCAAAACAGGUAAAGCGACAGCAUGGUUUCUGAGGUGGGGGUAAGUAGCUGGCUUGACUUAUUUUGUGCCCCGAUCACAGGCAGAGAAAGUCCUCCAGUUCAGCCAGGAGACUAACUUAACUGCUCUGCUUCUGGAGGCCAAAGAGCUGGAGGCUCGCGUCAUCAUCCUCUCCGCCAGGUGAGACCUUCCUACAGUACCUCCCACUUGUCCCAUCAGGCCCUUCCCAUCAAACAGCCCCUCCCACUUGUCCCAUCAGUCCCCUCCCAUCAUAGCUGACCUGCCUCUACUAUUGAAUCUAGUCCAUUCUGAUCACAAUCCUUAACCCAAAAAGUAAUUUUCCCAACUCCUAAUUAGACCACAACUGGAUUUACUAUGACUUAUAUUUGACACUUUUUACAUACUUUUACUGCUAAAUGCUGGCAUGAUAUCAAACAGUAGUGAUUCACUGCAAUGAUUUGCAUUUAGAUUAAAGAUAAGUAACCAUGCCUGUGCCACUUAACAUCUCUGUUUUCAGUGAAGAGGACGCUGCUGCAGUUUACAAGGCUGCCCGUUUCCUCAACAUGACGGGCUCGGGUUACGUGUGGCUGGUGGGAGAGCGGGAGAUGUCGGGUAAAGCCCUGAGCGAGGCGCCAGACGGUACGUACCAUACGCCGCUACCCAACAGCCACUCGGAAAACACUUCAUAACGCUAGCCUUUUUCUGGAGUCACCUUUCAUUUAACCUCUAUGAUUAGGGAGAUAAACAUAUAGAUUAAUGCUUCGUUGUUAACAAUGUAUCAUGUGUGAUCAAUUGUUGAGUGUUAAGCAUUUAAACGUUUAAGCAUUUGAUAUGUUUAAAGGUUUUAAAUGAGUCACAGUAGUUUACACUAUAAGCUCUUAAACAAAAUGUUAAUAUAGUGUUAGGUCCUGUGUCUCCGAACCUAUUUAUUUAUCUAUAGUCAUAACUAUUGAUAGGUUAACCCAUACAUCCAAAGCUUUGCGCGCAGGCUUUAUUGUACUAUCCUGAUAUAUUAAUAGCUUGGUUCUCAUGAGUUUAUAAAGGGUGUUUUGCAUUCCCCACAUUGAAGUGUAACUGAAAUAGAAUGGUAAGCUACAAUGGUCUUGCUUAUGUCCUGGAGUCUGCACAAGUCUCACGUAAUAUGUCACUUUGUGGUCACAAACGUAAGCGUCAACCCCAGGCACUCCAACACCCCCUACCCCCAUUGUCCUACGUUAGGUGGUGUCACUCCUACGUAACAUUCAUCACGCAGUGCAGACGGUUAGUAGCGCUAUCUGACGUAAGACAAUGACCCGACCCUUGCAGAAAAUUAUUUGUCAGUCAUGUCUAGGGUUGCAAAGCUACCAGUAAUUUACAAAAGUUACAGGUACUGUAUCUUCAGUAACUUUUGUAAUUAACAGAAAAUCUAUGGCAAUCUAUCGUAAUUUUGGUAAUUUAUCCAUGACUUUCCAGUAGAUAGACCAUAUGGUUAAAGAGAAAAUAGCCUAAAUAAUUAAAAAAGCAUCUAAUCAACAAUGCCAUUAUUUUCAAUUACCUGUGCAACUCAUCCAACUAUUGACUGCCACCAGUUUGAUGCCAAAACAUUGACAACAAAUAAAUAUUGACAUAGUAAAAUAAAUCAAAGUGUGUAAAAAAUUCAUGCUGAAACCUUAAUAUUAAACACCCAAUGGUAUUCACUAAGUUGAUGGUUUAUAUUUAAGAUGCUUUACAGCUUUGUCAUUCUAUUUUGAUUUUAAAAUCAAAUUAUUUAAUUAUUUCAUAUACACUAUUUAUACAAAAGUAUGUUGACACCCCUUCUAAUUAGUGGAUUUGGUUAUUUCAGCCACACCCAUUGCUGACAGGUGUAUUAAAUCGAGCACACAGUCAUGCAAUCUCCAUAGACAAGUAUUGGCGUUAGAAUGGCCUUACUGAAGAGCUCAGUGACUUUCAACGUUGCACCGUCAUAGAAUGCCACCUUUCCAACAAGUCAGUUCGUCAAAUUUCUGCCCUGAUAGAGCUGCCCCGGUCAACUGUAAGCGCUGUUAUUGUGAAGUGGAAAUGUCUAGGAGCAACAAUGGCUCAACCGCGAAGUGGUAGGCUACACAAGCUCACAGAACCGAACCACCGAGUGCUGAAGCACAUAGCGCAUAAAAAUUGUCUGUCCUCGGUUGCAACACUCACUACCGAGUUCCAAACUGCCUCUGAAAGCAACGUCAGCACAAUAACUGUUCAUCGGGAGGGAGCUUCAUUUAAUUAGUUUCCAUGGCUGAGCAGCCGCACACAAGCCUAAGAUCACCAUGCGCAAUGCCAAGCGUCGGCUGGAGUGGUGUAAAGCUCGCCGCCAUUGGACUCUGGACAAAUCUGUGUUUGGCAGAUGCCAGGAGAACGCUACAUGCCCCAAUGCAUAGUGCCAACUGUAAAGUUUAGUGGAGGAGGAAUAAUGUUCUGGGGCAACAGUUUGGGGAAGGCCCUUUCCUGUUUCAGCAUGACAGUGUCCCCGUGCACAAAGCGAGGUCCAUAUAGAAAUGGUUUGUUGAGAUCGGUGUGGAAGAACUUGACUGGCCUGCACAGAGCCCUGACCUCAACCCUAUCGAACACCUUUGGGAUGAAUUGGAACACCGACUGCGAGCCAGGCCUAAUCCCCCAACAUCAGUGCCCGACCUCACUGAUGCUCUUGUGGCUGAAUGGAAGCAAUCCCCGCAGCAAUGUUACAACAUCUAGUGGAAAGCCUCCCCAGAAGAGUGGAGGCUGUUAUAGCAGCAAAGGGGGGAGCCAACUCCAUAUUAAUGUCCAUUAUUUUGGAAUGAGAUGUUCAGGUACCCACAUACUUUUGUUCAUGUAGUAUAUUUUACAUGUGAUAAGGCCAGAGAGAGAGAGCCAGAGAUAAUUACAAAUGCUUGUGAUAAUCUGAAGUACCCAAAAGGGCCACUAGAUGUCUUCUGAUAGAUUACAUAAAAUCCUUGAAAGAUAUUGCAAUUCUGGUAGUUUACUGGUGAACUAGUAGUAUACCAGUAAUAUACCCCCCCCCCCCCCCCCCCCCCCCUUUGCAACCCAAGUCAUGUCCAUGUCUCAGCACCUGUUGCUGUCUUAAACUCACCUCUGUGCCUUCUUUCAAGAGUCUGCAAGACUACCGGACCAAUUGCAAUGAGAAAACUUAGCUGAAGUUGGAUUGUUAAUGUGAUUUGUAUAUCAAUUCUCUAAUACAGUUGAUGUAAGUUUGUUUGGUCCCACACAUACACUAUAGCUUUCUGCUUCUGGUAUUUUCCAACCUAACCCCUAUAAAAUGGGUGAUAUAAAUGAAUCGAUCCAACUUCAAGGGACUCUUUUUUUCAUGCUGGGCAAAGUUCACUAACAACCUCAAAAUAUGAAUCCAUUCCUCUCUGAUGAUGUUGCCUUUUCUCAGAAAGGAAUAAAAAGAAAAUCAGCUCAAAUCAAUUUUGAUCAAGAUGAAGUUCAUUCUUCAAAGACUUCCUGUGCUUGUUGGUUCCAGUACUGGAUGAUUAAAAUUGCUUUCACAAAUAGAGCAACAGAGAGCAUGGUGCUGGAUCAAAAACUUGCGGUUGGACCUUUCCUCAGGAUGGCUGAACAAGAGGCUCCUAUAAGUUUUUAUUGUGUGUAUUGCAAAAUGAUCCUGAUGGUUGGUAGUCUAGCAGGUCACUGAUUGGCUUUGUUCUGCUGUCGGUGUGAUGUGAGCAGGUCUCAUCGGCCUCCAGCUCAUCAACGGCAAGAACGAGUCGGCCCACAUCAACGACGCAGUGGCCGUGGUGGCCCAGUCCAUCCAGGAACUCUUUGAAAAGGAGAACAUCACAGAGCCGCCCAGAGGCUGUGUGGGAAACACCAACAUCUGGAAGACCGGGCCCCUCUUCAAAAGGUACAUUUAUAAAAAUAAAAAAAUGUGGCGUGGGAUAAGGGGGGGGGGGGGGGGGUAGAAGGAUUACUUUAUCCUAUCCCAGGUAUUCCUUAAAGAGGUGGGGUUUCAAGUGUCUCCCGAAGGUGGUGAGUGACUCCGCUGUCCUGGCGUCGUGAGGGAGCUUGUUCCACCAUUGGCGUGCAAGAGCAGCGAACAGUUUUGACUGGGCUGAGCGGGAACUGUGCUUCUGUAGAGGUAGGGGGGCCAGCAGGCCAGAGGUGGAUGAACGCAAUGCCCUCGUUUGGGUGUAGGGACUGAUCAGAGCCUGAAGGUACGGAGGUGCCGUUCCCCUCACAGCUCCGUAGGCAAGCACCAUGGUCUUGUAGCAGAUGCAAGCUUCAACUGGAAGUCAGUGGAGUGUGCGGAGGAGCGGGGUGAUGUGAGAGAACUUGGGAAGGUUGAACACCAGACGGGCUGCGGCGUUCUGGAUGAGUUGUAGGGGUUUAAUGGCACAGGCAGGGAGCCCAGCCAACAGCGAGUUGCAGUAAUCCAGACGGGAGAUGACAAGUGCCUGGAUUAGGACCUGUGCCGCUUCCUGUGUAAGGCAGGGUCGUACUCUGCGAAUGUUGUAGAGCAUGAACCUACAGGAUCGGGUCACCGCCUUGAUGUUAGCGGAGAACGACAGGGUGUUGUCCAGGGUCACGCCAAGGCUCUUUGCACUCUGGGAGGAGGACACAACGGAGUUGUCAACCGUGAUGGCGAGAUCAUGGAACGGGCAGUCCUUCCCCGGGAGGAAGAGCAGCUCCGUCUUGCCGAGGUUCAGCUUGAGGUGGUGAUCCGUCAUCCACAUUGAUAUGUCUGCCAGACAUUUAGAGAUGCAAUUCGCCACCUGGUUAUCAGAAGGGGGAAAGGAGAAGAUUAAUUGUGUGUCGUCUGCGUAGCAAUGAUAGGAGAGGCCAUGUGAGGAUAUGACAGAGCCAAGUGUCUUGGUGUAUAGCGAGAAUAGGAGAGGGCCUACAACUGAGCCCUGGGGGACACCAGUGGUGAGAGCACGUGGUGCGGAGACAGAUUCUCGCCACUCCACCUGGUAGGAGCGACCUGUCAGGUAGGACGCAAUCCAAGAAUGAGCCGCGCCGGAGAUGCCCAACUCGGACCGGGUGGAGAGGAGGAUCUGAUGGUUCACAGUAUCAAAGGCAGCAGAUAGGUCUAGAAGGACGAGAGCAGAGGAGAGAGAGUUAGCUUUAGCAGUGCGGAGAGCCUCCGUGACACAGAGAAGAGCAGUCUCAGUUGAAUGACCAGUAUUGAAACCUGACUGGUUUGGAUCAAGAAGGUCAUUCUGAGAGAGAUAGCAAGAGAGUUGGCUAAAGACGGCACGCUCAAUAGUUUUGGAGAGAAAAGAAAGAAGGGAUACUGGUCUGUAGUUGAUGACAUCGGAGGGAUCGAGUGUAGGUUUUUUUGAGAAGGGGUGCAACUCUCACUCUUUUGAAGACGGAAGGGACAUAGCCAGCAGUCAAGGAUGAGUUGAUGAGCGAGGUGAGGUAAGGGAGAAGGUCACCAGAAAUGGUCUGGAGAAGAGAGGAGGGGAUAGGGUCAAGCGGGCAGGUUGUUGGGCGGCCGGCCGUCACAAGUCGCAAGAUUUCAUCUGGAGAGAGAGGGGAGAAAGAAGUCAAAGCAUAGGGUAGGGCAGUGUGAGCAGGACCAGCAGUGUCAUUUGACUUAACAAACGAGGAUCGGAUGUCGUCAACCUUCUUUUCAAAAUGGUUGACGAAGUCAUCCACAGAGAGGGAGGAGGGGGGGGAGGGGAGGAGGAUUCAGCAGGGAGGAGAAGAUGGCAAAGAGCUUCCUAGGGUUAGAGGCAGAUGCUUGGAAUUUAGAGUGGUAGAAAGUGGCUUUAGCAGCAGAAACAGAGGAAGAAAAUGUAGAGAGGAGGGAGUGAAAAGAUGCCAGGUCCGCAGGGAGUCUAGUUUUCCUCCAUUUCCGCUCGGCUGCCCGGAACCCUGUUCUGUGAGCUCACAAUGAGUCGUCAAGCCACAGAGCAGGAGGGGAAGACCGAGCCGGCCGGGAGGAUAGGGGACAUAGAGAGUCAAAGGAUGCAGAAAGGGAGGAGAGGAGGGUUGAGGAGGCAGAAUCAGGAGAUUGGAGGGAGAAGGAUUGAGCAGAGGGAAGAGAUGAUAGGGUGGAAGAGGAGAGAAUAGCGGGAGAGAGAGAGUGAAGGUUGCGACGGCGCAUUACCAUCUGAGUAGGGGCAGAGUGAGUAGUGUUGGAGGAGAGUGAGAGAGAAAAGGAUACAAAGUAGUGGUCGGAGACUUGGAGGGGAGUUGCAGUGAGAUUAGUAGAAGAACAGCAUCUAGUAAAGAUGAGGUCAAGCGUAUUGCCUGCCUUGUGAGUAGGGGGGGAACGGUGAGAGGGUGAGGUCAAAAGAGGAGAGGAUUGGAAAGAAGGAGGCAGAGAGAAAUGAGUCAAAGGUAGAUGUAGGGAGGUUAAAGUCACCCAGAACUGUGAGGGGUGAGCCAUCCUCAGGAAAGGAACUUAUCAAGGCGUUAAGUUCAUUGAUGAACUCUCCAAGGGAACCUGGAGGGCGAUAAAUGAUAAGGAUGUUAAGCUUGAAUGGACUAGUGACUGUGACAGCAUGGAAUUCAAAUGAGGAGAUAGACAGAUGGGUCAGGGGAGAAAGAGAGAAUGUCCACUUGGGAGAGAUGAGGAUUCCUGUGCCACCCCCCGCUGACCAGAUGAUCUCGGGGUAUGCGAGAACACAUGGUCAGACGAGGAGAGAGCAGUAGGAGUAGCAGUGUUUUCUGUGGUAAUCCAUGUUUCCGUCAGCGCCAAGAAGUCGAGGGACUGGAGGGUAGCAUAGGCUGAGAUGAACUCUGCCUUGUUAAACUACAGCGGUUCAAUGUUUUCUAGGAAUAGACUAACUUAGUUUAUUCAGCUAGCUAACUUGGUACAGUAUUCUUCCGUGAAAACCGUCCAGGGCACCGAAUCCUAUGACGCCAUAGCCAACCUUCAUGCCAGCCUCCAAUAACACGGUUUAGCACCAAUACUCGGUUACAACAAACCACCAGUGUGUUAACACGCCAAGCAGAUCAUUCGUGUCCGUGUCUAACGUUGUGUAAAGUUUUGGGUUAGUUUUGACAGUUUGAGUAUAUAAAUUCAUUAUAUACUGUAAUUCAGGAUGACACACACAAACACACACACACACACACACACACACACACACACACACACUUUCUCACUCUAUUUCCCUACACUCUCACACUCACAUCUACUUUAAUUUCUCUGUCUCAGGGUUCUGAUGUCAUCAAAGUACCCAGAGGGCCUCACUGGACGUGUGGAGUUCAAUGACGAUGGCGACAGGAAGUACGCUCACUACAGCAUUCUCAACUACCAGAAGAGUCGACUCAUUCAAGUUGGGAUUUAUAAUGGAACACAGGUAACUUUAUGGCAAAAGUCAUUCUCACUGUGAUCUUGCUAUCUAUUGCUAUUACAGCUCUCUAUUAAGCAGUAUGCAUGGUAAUUAGAAAGCAGUGGUGUUAUUAGCUAGAUGCUGAGCUGUAGCUAAAGCAGAUGACUCUUUAGUAUUGGACUCCCCUGUGUUUGGCCCUCAUCAGCUCCACACAUUAUGUCAGCACUCCUCUAAUGGUGGUGUUAUGACCCUAUAGGUGGUGAUGAAUAAUCAGAGGAAGAUCAUCUGGCCGGGAGGAGAGACAGAGAAACCGCGGGGCUUUCAGAUGUCCACAAGACUAAAGGUACCGCAUUUCACCCUCCACAAACAAUGAUGUUCCCAAUAUAUAUAUAAAGUAAAGCAACGCUUUAUAUCUUACAGAAUCUUCAAUGGAAUGGGUCUGCGCCGGAUUCUACUAUUCUUUCUCUAUCCUUCUCUCUCGUUCUCUCUCGCUCCAUCAUUUCUACCAUGGGUGUGUGUGUGUUUUAUGUGUUCCUUGAGGAGGGGUUGUUGUCCGGAGGACUGGUGAUUUAAAGGUCCCUCAGGGUCAGUGUGUGCUAAAUGCCCACUGUGUGAUAAACAGCGUUCUCUCCCGUCUGUUAUAGAUAGUGACUAUACACCAGGAGCCCUUUGUGUAUGUGAAGCCCACUGAGCAGGAUGGAACCUGCAAGGAGGAAAAAACAUUAAAUGGAGUGGCAGAUAUUAAAAAGGUGAUCUGCACAGGACCAAAUGAGACCAUCCCAGGUAACACAACAGGGACGUUUAUGAUAUCACUGUGCUUUUACCAUGCCCGCUAAGUACCAACUGGAGAUGCAUACAUAUAUAUACAGUAGGUAUCUAUAUAUGUAUGCAUGUAGCUGAGUGUGCCUUUGUGUGAUUGUUGGCAUAUUGGUGUGUGUGUGUGUGUGUGUGUGUGUGUGUGUGUGUGUGUGUGUGUGUGUGUGUGUGUGUGUGUGUGUGUGUGUGUGUGUGUGUGUGUGUGUGUGUGUGUGUGUGUGUGUGUGAGAGAGAGAGUAUGUACCGUGAAUAUGCUUGAGUGUUUGCUUUAAUGUUUGCAAACAGUGUGGGCAUGUGCCAACCUGUUUUUAGUGUGUGAAGUCUGGUUGCAGUGAACGUGUGUGUAGCUAUAUUAUCGUAUGUGUGAUUUUGGUUGAACAGUGUGUAUGUGUACUGUAUGUGUGUUUGGGCAUGUCUGGUGUUAUUUUAAAAUAUUUAAAAAGAAAGAGAGGGAUUUCUUCCAGAUUGAUUGUAACUUGCAACCCUCUGCUGGUUGGUUACAGGACGUCCAAUUGUACCUCAAUGUUGUUAUGGAUUCUGUAUCGAUCUACUUAUCAAGUUGGCCGGAACCAUGAACUUUACCUAUGAGGUGCACCUGGUGGCUGAUGGGAAAUUUGGAACACAGGAGCGGGUCAGUUCCUAUAGAAACUCAGAGUUCACUCUAGAUAGAAAACCUCACUGGCCAAAAAUGUAUUGACCAACAAUUGUCUAUUUACAUACAUUUAUAUUAGAUUUUAUUAUGUUAAGUUAUGAAGCAAAUCAUAUCUCAUAUCUCAGAGAUGUGCUUUUUGAACUAAGUUUAUGUGCUUGUAACAUUUAGAAAAUUACACAGAAUUAACUUAUGUUACUGCACUCACAAAAACUGUUUUGUUUGACAUAAUCACUAACUAUCACGAACUAAAUCACUAACUAAAAGCAGACCUUUAGCCGAGAGAGCCAUGGAAACCUAGGGUCCCACUACAUUGGGGACAUUAGCUCCGUGUUGGAGGGGCAAGGUGGUGGUGAGAGCUGACCUGCCAGGAUCUACUGAACAAGCAAGAUGGGCUGAAUGGAGAUUCUCUGGAGAGCCUUGCUCAGUUACCACAUCUCUGAGCCAGAAAAGACCAUUCAGACCAUUUCUGCUAAUAUUAAUUUGGGUUAAAGGCACAAAGGGUUAAGAGAGGGCUCACUUGUUGUUUCUGUUUCUGAUAAAGGACACUUCAUUCUGAAAUUCAUUGUCAUGUUGAGUUGGUUGUUAACCCUUUACGUCCACUUACCACAGGUGAACAACAGCAACAAGAAAGAGUGGAAUGGCAUGAUGGGAGAACUCCUGGGGGGUCUGGCAGAUAUGAUCGUUGCCCCGCUGACUAUAAACAAUGAACGAGCUCAGUACAUCGAAUUCUCCAAACCUUUUAAGUACCAAGGCCUAACCAUCCUUGUUAAAAAGGUAUGUCCCCGAGUUCCCCCCAAAAUGUAUGAAAACGAAUUGAAAGUUCACACAGACUAUACCUGAUUUAGUCCUCAUUGCAGAUGGGGUGGUAGUAGACUGCAAGUGGUUUGUGAAUGACUGUCUGUGCUGUGUGUUACAGGAAAUCCCUCGCAGUACACUGGACUCGUUCAUGCAACCGUUUCAGAGCACACUGUGGCUGUUGGUGGGUCUUUCGGUGCAUGUGGUGGCGGUGAUGCUUUACCUACUAGACCGGUUCAGGUACAAGGGGAUCCAUGUGUGUCCAUCUGUCUAUCUGUGUGUGUGUACGUGUGUGUGUGUAUAUGUGCGUGUGUGUGUGAGACAUACUCUGCCUCUGCUUAUGCUCCAGACCUCUCCAGAUCUUCUCUCACUGUGGACGAGGGGACAUAGGUGAAAACUGGCUCCAGUCAUUCCACUGCUCUGUUCAUCUGGCCUUCUCUUUCUGUUUUCUUUCUGUGCUCUAUCUCGCUCUUGCUUUGCCACUCACAGACUCCCUCCCUGUCUGGGGUUGCCAGGGUUUUCGCCUCUGUCCUCUUAUGUAAGUCUCACUUCAUAUCCUGCUCUCUCUCUAGCCCAUUUGGGAGGUUUAAAGUAAACAGUGAAGAAGAAGAAGAAGAUGCCCUCACCUUGUCGUCGGCCAUGUGGUUCUCCUGGGGAGUUUUGCUUAACUCCGGUAUUGGGGAAGGUAGGAGAAUACUAUCACUAAAUUUACUAAUACAGUAGUUAGUAUACUAGCUAGUUAGUGUACUAUUUCUGCAAAUGCUAUACAGAUCAGUUUGUGAUACUGAUACUCACUGGGCAAAACUGGUUGAGUCAAUGUUGUUCCCACGACAUUUCAACCCCAAAAAUGUAUGCAAUGACGUGGAAAACGAAUUGGAUUUCCAAAAAGUCAUCAACGUAAGGACAUUUCCUCUUUUUUUAACCCAACUUUUAACCUAAAUCCAAUGACAUGGUGAAAUGUUUUGUUGAUUUCAAGUUGAAUUCACGUUAGUUGACAACUCAACCAAAUGUACAUCAAAACUAGACGUUGAACUGACGUCUGUGCCCAGUGGGUAUUAACAGUAUAAAUAUUAGUGUUGCAUGUCGAUAAAUAAUGUCAUAUUUGAGAGAUGCUACACACACAUUCAAUAUAUUGAACCACAUUUGAUGUCCCAUAGAGUGAACAUGUUAUAACGUUUUAUGGGCUUUGCUUAUCCAGGCGCGCCGCGCAGCUUCUCAGCGAGAAUCUUGGGCAUGGUGUGGGCCGGCUUUGCCAUGAUCAUAGUGGCAUCGUAUACUGCCAACCUGGCUGCCUUCCUGGUGCUGGACCGGCCUGAGGAGCGCAUCACCGGCAUCAACGACCCGAGGGUGGGCAUCAAGAAGUAGUCCUGCUUUAAAUACAUAUAGAGAAUCUUUCAGUACACCUCCACCUCCAUAACCUGUGGAUAUUAGGUAGCAUACUGUAAAACGUGCAAGUUUAGCGAGGGGUGAAAAUACUGUAAAGUACAGUGAGGGAAAAAAGUAUUUGAUCCCCUGCUGAUUUUGUACGUUUGCCCACUGACAAAGACAUGAUCAGUCUAUAAUUUUAAUGGUAGGUUUAUUUGAACAGUGAGAGACAGAAUAACAACAAAAAAAUCCAGAAAAACGCAUGUCAAAAAUGUUAUAAAUUGAUUUGCAUUUUAAUGAGGGUAGUAUUUGACCCCUCUGCAAAACAUGACUUAGUACUUGGUGGCAAAACCCUUGUUGGCAAUCACAGAGGUCAGACGUUUCUUGUAGUUGGCCACCAGGUUUGCACACAUCUCAGGAGUGUCAAAUGUUUUCAUUUUUUCAGACUUACAGAAUUGGUCAAGUGUAUAUGAGUGCUGAAUGUAAUGUUCCCUCCAACCCUCCCUAUCCUUCAACAGCUGAGGAACCCAUCAGACAAGUUCAUCUACGCCACAGUGAAGCAGAGCUCUGUGGACAUCUAUUUCCGGCGGCAGGUGGAGCUUAGCACCAUGUACCGCCACAUGGAGAAGCACAACUACGAGAGUGCUGCUGAGGCUAUCCAGGCCGUGCGCGACAAGUGAGUCCCGGCCGGGCCGGCCUGGCCUGGGCGUGUCGGCCGGAACUGGUCAGAUAGUCUGUUAGUCAGGUCAGAGAGAGAGAGAGGGCCAGUCAGUCAGACCUGGGGGUUCUGGACCUCUGGAUCAGUGAGACACAGAGGGUCUUACUGCAGCGUUCCCUCUGGUCCAGGCCCAUCAUCCAGCCAAGACAGAACCAGGCUCAGACUCAGAGCAGGGCUGCAUGCACUGUGUUAAUAGCGUUCUAAAGUUGAGCUAAUGUUGAGCUGAGGAGCACCCUUUUUCAGGUUUUAUCCAAGACGAGCGUCUUUGAGGUGGGGAAUCCAAUGGGGGACGCGCCGUCGUCCGUCCGGCAUUGGAUUUCAUUUUUCAAGCGGCGGUAGACAUGGCUGGUAAUGCUGACUCACACACUUUGUGUGGCCAAAGGGGAGCCGUAAAUGUGUGUUGUGACAAUCACUGUACUGUUGCACCGUAACCCCCUCCUUCCCCUCCUCCCCCCUGCCUCCCUCCCCCCAACAGCAAGCUGCAUGCUUUCAUCUGGGACUCUGCGGUGCUGGAGUUUGAAGCCUCGCAGAAGUGCGACCUGGUGACCACGGGAGAGCUGUUUUUCCGUUCGGGCUUUGGCAUAGGCAUGCGCAAGGACAGCCCCUGGAAACAGAAUGUGUCCCUGGCCAUUCUCAGGUCUGUCCCAGCACAAGCAGCAUUGUUUUUAUGUUGUUCUUUUUUUCUCUCUUUUUAUUUUCCUUUUUUGACCAUCCGACACACCGCUGUGUCAGCUCUCUUCUCUCUCUGUAUCUCCCCAUUCCUGCCCUUUGUCUGUCUGUUAGACUGUCAGUCUGUAUUUUUGUCGUCUGUGUUUCUAGCAUUCUGGGAUUUCUCUUCUGGAGUGUAUGGUUUGGUCUUUUGUUAACUGUCUUACCUCUUUGCCCACUCCCCCCAUCCCCUGCAGUUCCCAUGAGAAUGGCUUCAUGGAAGAUCUAGAUAAAACCUGGGUGAGAUACCAGGAGUGUGACUCACGGAGCAAUGCCCCAGCCACACUCACCUUUGAGAACAUGGCAGGUAGGGUUUCCCUUUUGGGUUUUGAGAAACCUAGAAGUGAUUGGACAAAAAAUGCAGUGGUAAGGUACUGUAGCCUUUUUUUGUCCAAUACCUUUAUUUUAAUUUUAUUUUUUUAUGCAAAGUGUGUACUGUUAAAGUUGUUUGUUGUGGGUUACUGUAGUUAUACACUGAGUGUACAAAACAUUAAGGACACCUGCUCUUUCCAUGACAUAGACUGACCAGGGGAAUCUAGCUGAAAGCUAUGAUCCCUUUUUGAUGUCACCUGUUAAAAACACUUCAAUCAGUGUAGAUGUAGGGGAGGAGACAGGUUAAAGACGGAUUUCUAAGCCUUGAGACAAUUGAGACAUGGAUUGUGUAUGUGUGCCAUUCAGAGGGUGAAUGGGCAAGACAAAAUAUUUAAGUGUCUUUGAACGGGGUAUGGUAGUAGGUGCCAGGCGUUUGUGUCAAGAACUGCAACGCUGCUGUGUUUUUUACGCUCAACAGUUUCCCAUGUGUAUCAAGAAUGGUCCACCACCCAAAGGAUAUCCAGCCAACUUGACACAGCUGUGGGAAGCAUUGGAAUCAACAUGGGCCAGUAUCACUGUGGAACACUUUGACACCUUGUAGAGUCCAUUCCCUGACGAAUUGAGGCUGUUCUGAGGGCAAAGGAGGGGGGGGGGGUGCAACUCAAUAUUAGGAAGGUAUUCCUAAUGUUUUGUACACUCAGUUUCGUUGUUAUAGCUGUGAUCCUAAUAUAAACUUGCAAGGUUUGCAGCGGACGGCGUAAAGUGGAAGCAGGUUGAAGAAAGGACGGCAACCGUUGACGUAUAGACUAGAUUCACACAGACACAGUCAUGGUCAGUGGGUUGCGGCUGAGUGUCAGAGUGGCGACUCACCACCCAUCCCUGUGUCUGUCUGUCUCUGUCUGACAGGAGUGUUCAUGCUGGUGGCUGGAGGCAUAGCAGCAGGGAUCUUCCUCAUCUUUAUUGAGAUCGCCUACAAGCGGCACAAAGACGCCCGCAGGAAGCAGAUGCAGCUGGCCUUUGCGGCCGUCAACGUCUGGAGGAAGAACCUGCAGGUAUGGCAUCUCUUUCCCCCCGUAAGCACUGGCACCCAGGGGGGAAGGGCAGAGAUGGGCUGAGACACGCCCAGCAUAGCCCUUCCUGCAGGUUCCUCCAAUACAGGUGUACGACCAAUCAUUUUUUUCCGUCACUAUUAGCAUCCUGUCUGACCAUGUUGCCUACUGGUGAUGGUCACUCACGGAUUGCUGUGUCACAUUCAGUGAUGAAGCUGUUCCCAAGGCAUUACUAUGGCCCACCGUGGGUCUGUCCUCCAGUCCCUUAGACCAACGGCCCCCAUGUCUCCUCUCUAUGCUGCAGGACAGUAAGGAGGCCUCUGGGAGACAAGCUGUGGGCGCAUCGAUGACUCCAUCGUUAGUACGUAACAUAGACAAGAGCCAUCUCCACCCCACGUCACCCUUCGCUUUUAGAAUAAAAGUUAAGCUAAAAUAAAAAGUAGCUCUAACAUGAGAAAAUGUGAAACAAAAAUAUGCAUUCCACGUUCAUGGCAUGAGCCAGUUAAGCCUUACGCUUACCUUAGCACGUAUGCAACGCAAGAACGCAAUUAGCUACGCAAAAUGGCCCUUCUGCGUACUUGCGUUGCAAAAAUAUGCAAAAGUGUGCAGCCCAAAAUGUAUAAUGCAACGCAACUACGCAGAACGGCCAUUUUGCGUAGCUAAUUGCAUUGUUGCAUUGCGUACCUGUGUAGGGUAUAAAUUAGGCUUUAUAUACUGCUGCUAUAACACUUUUAGGCUUUUGUAAGGUCAGAUGAUGAGGACAUGCAAGGGAAUAAGGUAAUCGAUGAAAGUAAUUUAACUAUGAGAUUCUCAGAUAAAUCUGUCAUUUCUGACCCUGACUCUCCUACGCUUGAUGUUUAUACUUCUCCAGUAUUUACAUCACUUCAUCCCUCAGUAUCCCCACCCCCUACAGUGUUUAUGAACACUGAACAUGAGAGUCCUCUCAGGAAAAGCCUGCGGGUCAGUAACUCAUUUCAUAACUGUGGCCGUCUAAAGCUAAUCAGGCAAAAACCAUUCCAGCUACAGUUGAGUUUUGCGCUCGCUCCUCAGUCCGUCUAGUCGCUGAAGAACAUGACUUCAUUAACUCCAAUAUCUUCUGCUGUGAAGCGUUGGUGGCCUUCCAACUCCCUCUUUCACCCUUACUUCACAUCAUCCUGCCCCCCCCGCCCCCACUGCGCUGGCUUUCCAGCAGCAGGAGGAGCGCGGCGUGGGGGUAUGAGGGAGGGGGUUGACGGGGGCAGACGAGGCGGCAGUGGACACUGUGAGCCUGUGAUGUGGCUCUGGCAGCCUGCCUCCCCAUGCUGGCUCUUUGUUAAGCGCUCACAAAAGGUCAGUGGUACACCUGUUGUAUUGACAGCAGGGCUGGAGGAAGGUACGGUAAGAUCACAGUCUCCAGUGUGUGUCAGCAAAUCAAUGUCCUUCCGAGACUGUCUGUCAUCUACCUUACUACUGGAUGUAACUGUUGUCCAUGUCUUCAUGUGUGUGAACAUGUAUAGGCACAUACAGCAGACAAAUGCAUGCAGGCGCCCGCUGAGAAAGGAAAAGAACACACAAACUGUUGGUCUAUGUAACAUCUGUGUUUUAGACAAGGUUUUAUUGAUACAGUUUAUGAAUAAUUUAUGCACUAGUGAACAAAGAUGGCUCCAACCAUGUAAAUCGUACACAGCAUGAUUCUCAAUAGGGACUGGAGCUAAUAUGGGGUUCACAAAUGACCGUUUUCUGCUCUUAUUCCUUAAAUGGGGCAUCAUGCUUGGAGUAAUAUGAAUGAGAUCAUGAUUGGAGUAGCAGAAGUGAGGUCAUGUUUAGAGUAGUAGAAGUGAGAUCAUGCUUGGAGUAGUAGAAGUGAGGUCAUGUUUAGAGUAGUAGAAGUGAGAUCAUGCUUGGAGUAGUAGAAGUGAGGUCAUGCUUGGAGUAGUAGAGGCGAGGUCAUGCUUGGAGUAGUCGAAGUGAGGUCAUGCUUGGAGUAGUAGAAGUGUGAUCAUGCUUGGAGUAGUAGAGGUGAGAUCAUGCUUCAAGUAGUGGCGGUGAGAUCAUGCUUGGAGUAGUAGAAGCAAGCAAAUCAUUGAAGCUAAUACAGUAUGUUAUGAACAUUAUUCAUAUUGUCCUCAUGUCUCUCGAGGUCAUCAAUGUGAUGACUUACUGAGCUUCAACAGAGGAAGUACAGUAUAAUACAUAUUUCACACUAUUCAGUGCACAGGGUUGGGUGAUAACAGGGUUGGGUGACAGUUUAUGUGAACUUCUCCUUUCUCUGUGGGUAUCUCCAACUAGGUGUCCAGAUGUCAGCAUCAUUUUGACUGCUUGUGUGUUUGUUGGUUUGUGUGUUUGUAUGUUUAUAUUUGUGUGUGUUUUUAUACUUCUGUGCAAAUGCAAAGUAUUUGUACAUGCACGCUUUCCAACACAGGUACCUCCAGAGUAUGUGCACUUCUGAAUAACCUGUUUGAGUCCGUCAUAUCCUUCACACUGUUGCUGCUCUGAAUUGAUUAUGCCUUAGUCUCAUCUCCAACAACAAACCAACCAUGCCAGGGUUGGGCUAAAUUCCAUUUGGAAUUUCAAGUCACUUCCUGAAUUGAUUGCAUUGAAUUGGAAUUUACCCCAACCCUCACCACCUUUGUUUGCUUGUAUCUACUGAAAAAGCACCCUGAACUGAAUCUGUCCUCAUCCCUAGUUUAAGGGCAGCUACAGUAUCUAGCCGUUAGCUUUCUCUGUUGUAGCAAGUCUUAUUCAGAAGUGCACUACCUAAAAGUGGAGGAGAUAUUAGGAUUGAGAUCAACGAAAUGUCAACAAGAACUAAUGCACUCCAGUGGCUGUUGUUUCCUAUUGGAGACAGGCAGCCGUUGCACAUGUGUCCAGUGGGACGCUUUCUCCGUUGGACCAGCAUGCUUUGCAUGACCGGGACUGUGCAAACGCAGCACUUCACCAGCGGUCAGUGUCGCUUGAUGUCAUGUGAGACCUGGAUAGUCUACGCUGAAAAGUACAAGAAGAAGAAACAUUUGACAAAAAAAUGAAAAAUACUACAGAAUAGAAAAAAACAAUGCUUUGACUUGCUUGGGCAAUGAGCAUUGUCUUGUUUCUAUCUAAAUGUCUCUAUGCCUUAUUUUUACCUCAUUGAUGGAGUUUUAACAUGAGGUGACUUUGACCAUUGACUAACGUCUAGAUGUCAUCUUCCAACAGGAAAUCCAUUUUAUUUGACUUUUUUCUCACUCAGAACGGAGUGGUGACCUGUCCAUCACUCCUCAGCCAAUCAGCUCCACCAAUCUUCCACACCACCCAAUAGAACAUAAUCUCUUAAUGCUGUGGCAUUAAGAGACUGGGGAUGGUUUGGGUGGUGAUGGGUGGCUCAAACAGAGACCCAGUCAUGUAACCUGAUUACAGGGGAUGUUCUGCAGGUCCAGUGCUGGCCUGGGUUGACUGUCAUGCUUUAUGUUAUUUGUCUCCUCCUCUAUCCCCUUCCCUUACUGAACCUGCCAAGCUCUUCCCAUCCUCCCAUGCCCCUUUCUGCAUGCUCUCAGCUGAUAUUCACACUGCCCCGCCCUGCCUUGAGGGCCUCCCCAUACCCUACGACUAAUUCACCUUACUCUACAUCUCUUACCCAUCCAUCUAGGCCUAGGGCCUCCCUAACCCCUACGACUAACACAUCCUACUUUCUACAUCUCUUACCCAUCCAUCUAGGCCUAGGGCCUCCCUAACCCCUACAACUAACACAUCCUACUUUCUACAUCUCUUACCCAUUCACCUAGCUAACCAUCCACACCCAGACCUUACAACAACAUGGCCAAAACCUCUCAUACUACCUACCUACCUCACCAAAAUCUCUCGUACUUCUCCAUUCCAGCCCCAAUCCCUGCUCUAACUCCAUUUACUAGUGUACUGUAGAUAGUACAUAUACUAUUCCAUAUACCACCACCCCACUCUUUAAACCAUCUAUUUCACUCCCUAGGGUGUGGGGGGAAUUUCCAUUAUACCUGACCACAGGUAUAAUGACUCUAGGGGAUUAAAUGAUAUACUACCUAUCUGUUGUUGUUUAUCUUAUGUUGGAAUGCAUUUUAGUGGCUCACCUGCCUUGAAGAGCACCUUUCUUUAUGACUGCAUGGCUUUCAAUGUGGUUGUUUCCUUUGCUAGCUUUUCUACUCGCUCGUUUGGUUCCCUUGGCUUUGCUUCUGGAUCUUAAAGUAAUAACGAUCUAAUAGCAAGACGACGGAUGUUUAUUUAUUUUUUCUUUUCUCCCCCCUACGCAGCCCUCUUCCUCUCUAGAGACUCAGGAUGUAAGAAUACCUUAAUAUGAGCUUUUGCACACAAACACUCUCUCUGCCAUGUACCUAUAGAGGACUGAGAGUAGCUGUGGGUCAUUUUGAUGGGAUGAGGGAGGGAAGAAAUUCAACUGAUGUGUGAAUAUCAUGUAAGGAUAUGGUUAAAAUGGGUUUGGGAAUAAAUGGGAGGGACUAACAAGCUUUUCUAGACCUUGGACAGGGGUUUGAACCUCCAAUGAAUACAGUUGAUUCUGUUGACUGUGACAUAUCAUAGACAUGGUAUACCGGCUAUUUUGUUGUUCCUCAGACCUGGCUAAUGUUUAUUUUCUCUUUGAAAGGGUGUGUGUCUUGGGUGAAGGGGGUGGAGGUGACUAUUUGAUGUAUGGGUGUGUGCGGGUUGGAGUGAGUAUGUGAGUAGGAUGUAGUGGAUGGUCAAAGCAGCAUAGCACAGGUAUCGUCAACACAUGCUCCUCAAACCAUUCCAAUGCAUUUCUAGAGACAUGGGGGUGUUUGGAUGUGUCAGUGCUUGGCUAAGGAUUUUCCAUCAUGUCCAGUCCCACUAUGGUGAAAUGGCCUAGCCGACAGUGUAGAGGCAUUCUUACAUGAUUGGACAGACUACAGUCCCAGUCCCACCCUUGAAAGCGGAGCAAAUCUCCUGUUGCCUCCCAUGUCCAAUAGAGACUACUUUGGGCCAGGACAUUCACCCUCAUAUCGCUUCAGACAGUGAAAGGGAAGGGGGAGGGAUGGUGUGGAGAGAGGGAGAGUGGGAGAGUGGGUGGAUGGGUGAGACUGAGACCAAGGUAUCACUCCACCCCAAGAAUAUGAAUAACUGUUCUACAUAUAUUUAUUUUAGGAUAGGAAAAGUGGUAGAGCAGAGCCCCCCGACCCCAAAAAGAAAGCCUCUUUUAGGUCCAUCAGUACCUCCCUGGCCUCCAGCAUCAAGAGACGUAGGUCCUCCAAAGACACGGUAAGGAGAUGAAGAAGGGAACAUCAUCUUCCCUUACUCUUCCCUCUCUUCUCUCUUUUUCUCUACCUCUGUCUCCUCUUCUCUCUCAAUCUCUCCCUCUUUUUCCUGUCUUUUCUACCGCCAUUCCCAUCUCUUAAUUGCCAGAGAGCCCCAUUCCUCUCACCCAUCUUACAUGGCUCAGCAGCAGCCAUGGCCACAUGUCUGUCAGUCUGCCAUCGAUCAGCCAUCCAACCAGACGCCAUCUGUAGGCAGACAGGAUGCAGGAUGCUAGGCAGCAGUGCAGGAUGAAGAGCAGGUCAGGGGUUGGAGCUGGUGUGCUGGCUGUGGGGAGAGCCAAUGCAGGGCCAGGCUGGGCUGGCUUCAUGGGAUUAGUGGGUGUAGUUUUGGAGGAGGGGGCAACGCAGCAGUCUGUCUUGCUUGUUUGGGCUGCUCUUCCUUCCUGCCAAUGAUAUGGACGUGGUUUUGACCAAUUUGUCUCUUGGUGAUUUUGUAGUGUGUGUAUGUGUGUGUAAUUGUGUUUAUCUCUUGUUCCUUUGAUUGCCUGAUCCUGUUCAAUCCAUCUUUUAUACACUUAAAUCCCGCACCUCUUCUCGUUUUGUUUCAGUUGUUGUUGGUUUUGAUUUCAAAGCAUGCGCCAACGUCCUGCCAUUUGCCAAAGUCAGUCAACCGUUCUGGAAACAAACUAACAUGUCUAUUUUUACCAACAGACCAUCUAUUUCAGGGUUUUCCUCAUGGAGUCGUGUUAUUAGAUCUAGUCUGUCUACUUUUGAUUUGUCAUGUUUACUUUGUCAUGUUUGUAACCAUAUUGUCUGACGAAAGGCUUUAUUUCAAUGUCCUUGUAGUGUCCAUUUUGCAUGCCUUUUAGGGUCUAUUUCUAGGUGGUGAAUGCAGGUGAUUCUUUUGUGUCUUCCUCUCUUUGCCGCCUUUCUCGGCUUGAGAUUCUUUGAAACAUCACGCUUUUAUUGUGUCAGCAGCUUAGACCCACUGUAAAAAGAACUCAGGCCUUAUCUACCUCUCUUUCUAUGGGGGCCUUGCUGCAGCACAAUAAGAAAGUGAUGCUCUCUCAUUUCCUCCACAGUCCAUUUGGAAGGGCCUGCUCAUUGCUGGUGGGGAUGCUCCUCCACAGUGGCCUGACAAUCGAGUGACCUGCAACGUUCUCUGUCCUGCUGUUCACCCAGACAGAGCAGGCUGAUGUCCAAAUCUGAGUUACCAGCUAUGCUCAAUCCGGAUUUAGCUUAGAGUUUCACAGUAGAUAUCAAAGCCUUUUGUUUUCCCUUUACUUACUGGCCCAAUCAAACCUGUCAAAAAGGGCUCUCUUGGUCUGUGUUUCUGUUUGAUUUCUCUAUUUCUUUCCCUCUGUCUUAUAUAUAGUGUCUCUGACAUUUAUAUUAAUGUCACUUCUUUGAUCCAUAUCAAUACUUACUCUCUCCUGGAGUUUUUGGUCUCAACUAUUGGAAUGGAGAAGACGGAAUGACCAUUGUUGCUGUUUGUGUGAGGGUUGGGAUGGUGGUUUUGGAGUUACCAUGCUCUUACACACAUCCAUGGUGAAAAAGAGAGACCACAUAGGUUAUAACAAGAUUAUAACCAAAGAUGUACCAUCCUCAGUCUUUGACUAUUAUUUUGAUUUUAUAUAAGUGUUCUUCUUUUAUAUUAAUGGUUAUCAAUGGACUUUUGAGUGUCAGUGUCCCUCACCCACAUGCCACACUGCUCCUCUCUCCCUCUACAAGCAUGUGAAUUAAUGUUAUUGUUGUCAGUAGUAGUAGUAGUAGUAGUAGUAGUAGUAGUAGCCGUAGUAGUUCAGAAGUCAUUGUGGUAGUGGCCAUUAGUAGUGAUGUAUAGAAGUCUCUCUCUUUUGCUGGUCCACCUUCGGCCAGUAAGGGGUGCUCUAAAUGAUCCCACUAACAGCAGGCCCCGAAGUAGGCCCACAUGUGGACAUCUAAACAGGGGUUGUAAGCCUUGUGAGGAUGCAACUCUUAGAUCUAAGUGAUAAGUCCCUUGUAACUAUUAGUAAAAAAUCAUCAGUGUUUUUUAUCUGUAUUACCCUAUGAUGAUGUUGACCCUUGACUUAGCGUGGUAGUUGCAUCAUAACAAUAUGCUUGAAUGCUUGAAGAAAAGCAUCAACACAGCUUAAAAUGAGAGACACAAUCAUCAACACCUAAAAUAAUCGUUUGAAUUAGCUGAUUUGCGAAAUUGACAGGGAAAAUUAUUUCAUCAGAAACUACAUUUUUGAUUUUUGUGAAGAUGGAUGGAGGUACAUGGUGGAUUAUGAUUGGCUUGUACUGAAAUGUUCCUGUUCUGAAAAGGAAGACCUCUUAUAGUAGAAAAACAUGUUUAAGCCAUUUGUCUUAUCACAGUUUGAAGAAGUGUUGUGAAUCAGGUUUCUCCAACUUUUAUACUAUAAAUCAGAAUCCAUGGCAAAGUAAGUUGGAUUUUGAUUUGACAUGCUGGAAACAACGCUGAUGAAAACAGUAUGUCUCGUAGAGAGCAUGAUUCAGCACAGUGGUAUGGUAUGGAAUUAUAGGAAGGCAACAAACUUCACAAAAAACAAUCCCUAUAUUUUGCAAGAUCAGUUCAUGGCCAUAUUUGCAAUGGAUAAGGAACAAUCCACAGCAAUUGCAGUGGUUAGUGAUGCUGCCUCUUUGUCAAUUGCUAAAGGAACCAUCCUUACCAUUUUCAAGUAUGUUACCUGCCAUCAAGCCCAUGGCAAAUUACACAAUCAAUGACAUUAGGUUACACAAUCUCAAAGUCACAGUUGCCAUAGUAACUGAGCACCUGCAUGGAUCUGGGUAUGUUACUACCCAGCACUGUAGAUGCCCAUUAAAACCAACCACUCUGCUCCUCAGAAGGAGUACAGUGAAAUAUGGCCUGGAAGUAAGAGUCCAACUGUACAGCGAUGUGAACCAGCCCAGAUUGCACUGGGGCUUAAUCAUAAUUCAUAUUUAUCUCUCAGCUUAGCUGCUAAAAAUAAAACCCGGUCUGCAUUCAAAUGACUGUGGGUAAAACAAGCUGUCUUAUUUUAUCCAAGGGGGUAAAUGAUUGCCAAGUCAGUCAUGUAGGGUUGAGAUUACCUUUGGCUGAUUCAAAUGUGCUCUACCCUCUGGGCCUUACCUCCACUCCACUGUAGUCAUAUGAUAACCCUCCUCAGGCAGAGCAAGCAACUAACACAUGUAUUUUCAUGGCUGUACUGUACUAAUCUGUGGACCCGACAAUGGAACCAAAAUGUUUCCAUCUUUCCUAACCACACUGCCUUUGGGGGGUUAUAAAACACCUCUGCUUUGAUGAUUUUGACUGAAAUGGAGCAGAGGUGUUAUUAUCUAUAGCAGUUCUGUUUAGGGAUUUUGUAGGGGACUGACUGUGGCUCUGUUUUUCUCAUGUUCUCUCCAUCUCUGCAGCAGUACCCACCCACCGACAUCACGGGCCAGCUCAACUUGUCCGACCCAUCUGUCAGCACGGUGGUGUGAGAGGGACAGAAGGAGAGAGAGAUUCUCUACUCGGAGAGAGAGAGAGAGAGGGUGGGUGGACGGAGAGAGCCAUCCCCCAGAUCGCUGCAUUGUUGGAUCCAUCACUGCUGAAGCUUUUUGUCCCGUUGGCUUUACAGUAGAGCAAUGGAGUUACACCUACGUCUGAGAAAGGACUCCCCUGAUCAUAUUCUCUGAUCAUGGCACCUGUUACAGCUGUCUGGCAUUAGUUAGCUCUAGGGUUCUGAGCUUACUGACACAUACUGUGUUUUUCUCUAUUUUCUCUAGUCAUGCUCAAUCUAUGCUUAAAACAGUCCUAUCUUUGUCUAAUUUACUUACUGCAGACAUAGUGAUGUUGGAUACUACUACUAUUUAAAAUAUCUACAUGAUAUAUUUUACUGUUUUAAAAAUCAUGUUUAGUUAGAUGACUUAAGUAUACAAACAAGUGAAGUUCUGUACAUAUCAUUUAACUUACAAGGAGGGACUAUAACACACAUUAUUUCACAGUAUUUAGCAGCAGGGGUGGCAGGUAGCCUAGCGGUUAAGCGUUAGUUAGG